AUGAGGAGAGAUCUUAGUACUUAAUAAAGUUAGUAAACUGUUGAAAACAUUCCCUAGAUAGGAACUACAUUUCGGUUUGAGCAGGCCAAUUAAGUUUUGAGCUCUGUAUUGCUGUCCAAUUCUAUUUAUGCAAUAGCAGUUUUACUAUUCAGUUUUCAAUUGAGUUUUGACGGUAAUCUGCUAUCUGUUAUUUAUUGUAUUGAUUCAAAAUUGUUGUUGCAAUUGAUACAUUAGCUCUAUUUUUAUCGAAUAUUCCUACAUUUUAACAUAACAGAAAAACACACAUUACUAAGAUUAAUAUCAACAUUAGUUGAAGGUUCUUAUUUACUUGUACUUAAUUUAUAUUAGAUAUCGGGGACUAGAGAUUUACUAUUACUUUCAAACAUAUUUCCAUUAUUAAAUAUAUUUCUAUCUGUGAUUUUAAAGUUGAAUGAAGGAAAUUAAUACUUUAAACAAUCAAUAUCAUAAAUCAAUUUGUUUCAUGUUUUUAGAAAUAUUGCUUUAUUUAUAAUUUCAAUAUUCUUAAGCCUAAAACUUGAAGGAUACUUCGAUAUAUAAUGGUUAUAUGCAUUGUGGAUGUUUUGGAUACUAUUUGGGAUAUCAGCAUCUAUUGUAAUUUAUUACAUUUUUGUGGUUUUGGCAUUAGGAAUCCAAAGUGUAUUAGAACAAAAUAGUAGACUAAAAAAUUUAGUUAUUAUAAACUUCUGGAUAUUGUUCUUUAUGAUAUCGAAUACAUCCAUGCUCCUUUUGAUUCCCAUAUCAAUACUAAACUUCCAUAACUUAGGAAAUUACGGAAACAUUAUUGACACAUCAAGGAUUAUUCUAAUUAUUAACCAAGUCGUCUUUUCUUAUUUUACAGUGAGAUUUAAACCUGAAAUGGUAUUCAGCUUAUAAUCUUAUUUAUCCUUGAACGAUUCUGUUAAUCCCCUCAACACUCUACCUACUUAACAAGGAGAAAUUUAACUCUAAUAAUUCAACAAUAAAGACUUUGGGGAAAGUCGAGUAUCAGAGCCCCAAGUGCAUAUUCCAAAAAUAGUAAAGAGAAUAUCAAAAACUUAUUUUGGAUUUGAGGAUCUACCUACAGAUAAAAAGUCUGAGACUUAACUGUCUAGUAAGAAACCCUCUCAUCACAAAGCAUUAUCAUCAUAAAUAUAAAGAUGUUCUGAUGAUCAAAAUGAAAAAAUCAAAUUGUCAUCCUUAAUUAACAUUAAGUUGAGUGGAAGGCAAAGGAGCAUUGCAGAUUUAGAAAACAAUUCAUAAGAUAUUAAACAAUAAGUUAAUGUGCCAAGCUCGAUCUCUUUAUCAUCUAUUAAUUCUUGUUGCAUCUGUUUUGAAAAUGAACCUAAUGCAUUAUUUAUGUAAUGUGGCCAUGGAGGAGUCUGCUAUAAUUGUGCCAUAGACUUGUGGAAAAAUAAAGAGGAAUGCUAUUUAUGUCGUAGUAAAAUUGAAAGAGUCUUAUAAAUCAAAAUGAGUGAAUAACAAAAAAAUAUUUAUCAAGUUGUUGCUGCUACUGAAUUGAAUUAGAAACUAAAAUUAGAACAAAAAACCUAUACAUAGAACUUAUAAUAAUGA